UUUCUAUCCACAGUGGUAUGCAAAAAGUGAAAGGGUAUUUUCGGCAUAUAAGCUUUUGUCGUUUGGCUUUGGCGUGGAAGCUCAGCCUUUCUGCGGAGAACGGAAAAAAUGUCUCUUUCUUCUCAAAGAACAAUCUUUUUCUCUUCUGUGUUUGCUUCUUGAAAAAUUUCCCGGAAAAAAACUCAAAUUUACCUCAAUCAGAUCUUGAAUUUGAGCUGUGUAAACAAGGGUCUGAGUGAUUUAGAGUCUUAGGGUUUCGUAACAGCGAAAUGUUGGUGCAGAGAAGAGUAAUGAGCUGGAGAAGAGUCUGGAAGUCGUUUCAAGCGGUUUCCGCUCAUGGUUUGCUCUUCUCCUUCACGCUUCUUCUCGCUCUCAAGCUUGAUCAUGUCGUUUCUCAUUCAUGGUGGUUUAUAUUUACGCCCCUGUGGCUAUUUCAUGCUGUGAUUGCUCGCGGUAGAUUUUCACUGCCUGCUCCAUCAAUGCCUCAUGAUCGACAUUGGGCUCCUUUUCACUCGGUCAUGGCAACGCCACUGCUUGUUGCUUUCGAGAUCCUGCUCUGUGUUCAUCUUGAAGAUAAAUAUGUUGUUGACUUAAAGAUUGUCUUCUUACCGUUGCUUGCAUUCGAGGUAGCGAUUUUGGUAGAUAAUGUCAGAAUGUGCAGGACACUCAUGCCUGGAGAUGAGGAAACUAUGAGUGAUGAAGCCAUAUGGGAAACGCUUCCCCACUUCUGGGUUUCCAUAUCUAUGGUUUUCUUCAUUGCCGCCACAACCUUCACUCUUCUUAAAUUAUGUGAAUCAAAUGCUUACUCUCGUUACUAUUGUUCUGUUUCGACAUCUUUUUAUCUUGAUAUUGCUAUUGCUGCCAAGUCUCAGUCUGCUUCUGAAUCUAUUAUGUCUCGUGCCUUAUAUAGAAUAGCAGAGUGCUUUGCGUUUCUUGUCUGUACAAAGUGGAGCAAUCAGUCAAUCCACAGGUAUUCACAUAUACCGGAACCUAGCUCGUCUUCGAUGGUAGUAAGAUACCUGGACUGGAACAGAGGUUUGGUUGUAACCGAUGACGAGGAGCAUCAGCAGAGCAACAGAAUAUGCGGUCUCCAAGAUAUUGGUGGACAUGUUAUGAAGAUCCCAUUCAUUACCUUUCAAAUUAUCCUUUUCAUGCGCUUAGAGGGAACUCCCGCUUCAGCCAAAAACAUUCCGAUUUUAGUUCUGUUUGUACCUCUUUUCCUGCUACAAGGAGCUGGUGUGAUCUUUGCUACAUAUAGAUUGGUGGAGAAGUCUUUCUUGUUGAUAUCUAGUGGUGGCGGCUCUUAUGGAAGAUAUUUCACUGCGACAUCAUCAGCUCGUGAGUUUCUAGGGUUUUUUCAACAUGGUGCAAGAUUACUUGGAUGGUGGUCUAUCGAUGAAGGAAGCAGAGAGGAACAAGCUAGGCUCUACUCUGGAGAAGCUACCGGAUACAACACAUUCUCACCAGAGGUUGUGAAGAAAAUGCCAAAGUCUGAUCUUGUUGAAGAGAUAUGGAGACUCCAAGCUGCAUUAAGUGAGCAAACAGAUAUCACCACUUAUAGCCAGCAAGAGUACGAGAAGCUUCAAAAUGAGAAGAUUCUUUGCAGAGUUUGCUUUGAAGAUCCUAUCAAUGUGGUUCUACUCCCAUGUAGACAUCACGUCCUCUGCAGUACGUGCUGCGAGAAAUGCAAGAAAUGUCCGAUAUGUCGUGUCCUGAUCGAGGAACGUAUGCCUGUAUAUGAUGUGUAGUAGAUUUCAGACGACCAUAAUGAAGAUUUAUUUUCUUCUCUCUUUUGUUGCUUGUUUGGUUUUUUAUUAGUGAUAAAGCAAGCAUUUAUAUAUAUAUAUAUAUAUAUAUAUAUACACUAUAUGUUAGUAUGUUACAAACUUGAAACGGAAAACCCAAUUUGUUUUCCAGUAGAUGUAGAUAAUAUUUGUAAAACCAUCGUAUAUGUCAUAAACCUUUGUUUCUCCUUUCUCUUCAUUUGUAAACAAACUUACGAGUUACUUCGAGACUAGUUCCUUUACUUCGAAA